UGGAACGGUCGCCAGUUUGGCAACAUCCCGCGUCGGUGUAACAGGCCCACUGGGUAGGAGUGUCGUUAUCGGUCGUUUAUCGGUUGACGUACGAGCCGUGAUCUUUUGCGAAGAGUGUCAUUCCAGGCUUUAUUCUUGCUAAAACGCUUAAGCUAAACAUAUGCUGUGACAGAUUCGUUCGGUGACGGCUCGAAAAGUGAACCGGAAAUGUGAGUGUCGUCUUCCAAGCGUGUGAAUGUGUUUGUGUGUGUGUGAGAGAGUUUCACGGCUAGAUUAUUGUGCGUUGGUACUGUGAAGUGGAGCAAAAUAGGAAAACGUAAGUGUUACCACCAAACGGCACAACGCUGACAGAUCCAAGCGCGCGCGAGAGUGUGUGAGUGCAUUGUUAGUGCUGUAUGUGUGCUGUGCGCUGUGUGUGUGUAUGUAGAUCGGCUACAAAAAGGGGUGACGUCCUUUGACGUUCAAAAUCGCGGAAUGUCAAUCUAGUUCGGGCUCAGCGACUGAAACGCUGCUCUUGUAUAGAUAACCCCCCGUGCAGGAAGCAAGGCUAGCCCGAUACCAUUUUUCUUCCAAGCGUGUGUGUUUGUCAGUGUCUGAUUGUGUAUAGCUAAAAAAAAGGAAUAAGAAACAGGUGAAGUGAAGACAGGCGUAAGGAAAAAGGAAAAACACAACCUAGCAUAGUGGUAGUGGUGGCUAUUGCUUUUACAGAUAUCGUUCAGUGACGGCAGCGAUUACACUUUAAAGCACUCAAGCGCCCGAGCCACUCACGAAAUACUUCGAAAGUAGAUGCGUUCUCCAGCAGCAGCAACAUCAGCAGUAGCAGCAGCAGCAGUUCAACUAGCAGCGGAGCCAGAACUAGUGUGGAAUCUGCGUCUAGGUGAAUUAUAAUCGUUCUAUCAUCCCGUCUGUGCGUGAGUGAGAUUGUGCGUUGGUGGUUUGAAGCAAUAAAAACUCACUUAAGAAACAAUCGCAAUCGAUUGAAAAUUCAACCAAAGCAUCCGGACACCGCGAGUCUAUCGAUGAGUUGGUAGUAGCUGAAGGGCAAAGAGAUUUUGCAACAAUUGCAGCGUGCGUGUAUGUAAUCCUGUGAACAAAUAAUGCUUUCCCAUCGUUCCCGAUUCGUCCGAUAGAAGAUGCCGAAGCAAAUGGAAGCAAAAAUGAAACUACAGCACACAAUGUCAAAGCGCAGGAAACUCGGCUACGGAUGGUUUAGUUCCUUUUUGCUCUGCUUUUUCGCCCUGACGGAGCUCAUUUCCAAUGUUUGCAGCCUGAAGGAUCUAAAAAUAUUCGUCCCGGAGGCGGUCAUUAUGGGCAAUGCGGCGACCUUAUCGUGUCAAUUCGAGCUGGAAAAGGCAACACUUUACUCCGUUCGGUGGUACUUCGAGGGGGAAGAGUUCUAUCGCUUCGUGCCGAAGGAAUCACCGCCAGCGCGCACCUUCCCGGUCUCGGGCAUUACGGUGGAUGGCACACAGUCGGACGCCACGUCGGUCACGCUGCGGGGCGUGACCCGCGACCUGACCGGCCAGUUCCAGUGCGAGGUGUCGGAGGACGCACCGCUCUUCCACACCGACAUCCGGCAGGCGCGCAUGCAGGUGGUCGAGCUGCCGAAGGAGGACCCGAUGAUGCAGCUGGACAAAACGCACAUCACCACGCUGGACAAUUUCCGGGCCGUCUGCACCGUGGGGACGUCCUUUCCGGCUGCCAACAUUACCUGGUACAUCAACACGAAGCGGAUUCAUCGAUCGCCGUACCAGCGCAUCACGUACCGGUCGUACGAGGGGACGCCCACCUUCUCCUCGCUCGAGAUGCUCCCGCACAGCCAGGUGCUGCAGGACAUCUACCAGUCGAUGCCACCAUUCCACACCAGCCUCACGGUCAUGUGCGAGAUCUCCAUCCUGCACAUCUACACCAAGAGUGCCCAGCAGCGCAUCCUGGUGAGCGAUCUCGUCACGACCAUCUCGCCCAAUCUGCUCGGGCUGGAUGGGUCGAACAAUCGGCGGAAAAACAACGGCGACCCGGACAACUCACCGCUGACCGGAGGCGGUGGUCUGGCCGGCAGGCAACCCCGCUCACUGCUGUACGUGCUGGCGGUCGGGGCCGCACUGAUGCAUUGCUGGAACGGAGCUGCCCUGCUGUUGACGGAUCGUGCAUCCGGGUUGUGAUUGGUGACUGCGCAAGUACUGUAAAUAUGAAAGCAAACUCGAGCAAACACACGCUACAUUGCAAGCAAACCAACGUAAGAAUAAUACUACUACAAACACUAGAAAAGAUCUUGAUACUCAGUAUAAGUAAGUAUGUGUGUGUGUGCGUGUACGUGUGUGUAAGAUGGAAUGGGAAGCUAGUUAUGUUAUUUUGGAUCUUUGUUUUGGUUUAAUAAUCUUCUCCGGCGUGAGGGAAAGACACGAAAGCGAAGAACAAUAACUAUUUCCCAUUGCGGGUCUGGUCCGGGAGGCUCUAAGCAUCCCAAACCUCCAGGAAGAAGGCUGUACGUGUAAAUUGUAUAUGUAUCUGUGCUCUGUUUUUGUCCCACGACAAAGAAGUAGAAGCUAAAACGAUGACGCUAUCACCGUACAGGCAAAUUCGCUUUUCCAAAUUUUCCAAUUCUGUUUCCGUUCUAUUCCCAUGUUCAUUCCUACGUAAUGCAUAAAAUCGUUAAAAUUCACACACGUUGGUGGACUAAGCAAGACACAGGGGCAACAAAACACUGUUUAGAAGCGUACCAUGCUUGCUUUCCAUUCCUUCCUUGCGGUAGGUAGGUGAGCGGCUCGAAAUAAACCCGACCCGGCAACUUUACCGACAAAACACAGGACACACAUUAGCCCUCUGCUCCCGUUUUUCCAGUACUUCCGAAAAUGUAUAUGGUACUAGUAGUUUUGUAAAACGCUGAUUGUACAUGUAAAAAAAAAGAAAGACACACACCACUACACACAUACGCUCAAUACAACUUUCAUUGCCACGAGAGUGAACGAAGUUGCGUUGUGUGUGGUGACGCUCAAACGCAAAAAAAAAGUAGACAGAAGAAAAAGGACAGAGACACAGAGGCAGUUUCUCCUUGCUGGCCAGGCUUAGUAGGCAGCUGCUGGGCAGCACUUAUUGCGACAGUGUGUAGAAGGGGCAAGCUGAAACAGGGAGACACACGACACUAAAACUCUCGCACACACAGGACAUGCUGGUAGUGGUACGACAGGGACUACUAGGCUUAAAAGGGGCCGUACGGGCAUGUGCAUGUGUGAGAGAUGAUCGUGCGAGAAAGAGGAAGUGAGACAGAACUUGCUUCCAGACUCCCGCUGUACAGUGCAGUAGGUGGGACAUUUGUUAGCUGAGGCUGAGUAGACAAACAAUGUAAUUAUUAUUAUCUGUUACUAACAUGAAUGUACUGGAACUAAUCAAUAAAGAAAAAAAAACAGCAAAGGAAAAAAAAACAUUAAAACCAAACUAAACAAAAUCAAGCCUCCGCAAAAGACGGACAUUAGAGCAAGUAAAGGUAAUAAGAGGGAAAAACAAAAACGUAAACAAACAGCUCGCAAAACACGCAUUACCCGUUGUUUAGACUUUUUGAUGGUUGUUUUGCAUUGUGUUAGUAUUUCCCCCCUCCCACUUCCAUUUAACCAAAUGUGUUUCCGUUGCAAAUGUUCCAAACUUUUCCCAUCCAAUUACAAUUACCAAGCGAAACGACAUGCCCCGUCAAUUGAUGCCACGGCACAAUGCGUGUGUAUGUUAAAGCUUGCUCAAAUCGGAACAAUUCUCUCCAAUCCGUGUGUGUUUGUGCGUGUGGGGAGGGAACGUGGUUGGAGACUGUUCCUUCAGUGCCAACAAAUGGUGUAAAAGAAGAAGACAGAAAGGUAGGAGAAAAUGGAAAA